AUGGCUACUGUAAUUGAUGAUACCGACCCACAUCUGUUCUGGGGGAACGGUAACGAUCCCAAGACAUGGAUCGAGGAUAAUUCGGGUCCUCGUGGACCUAUUGAGCAGUACUACAACAAGACCGCGAUUCAUGCCCUGGCAUUCGGCGUACGAGUGACUGAUCUCGACUCUGAAAGGCACGCGAGCAAUGCGAAAGCGGACUUUAUGGAGGUCAAGUGGGUUGGAGCAGACAUCGCCAUCUACGGCGCCAGGAGGGACAACAGUCAUGGCAUCUACAGUAUCAUCAUAGACUCUGCGCCCCCACAGUACUUCUCCGGCCUCGCCAACCCCAACAUCUUCCAGCAAGUCCUGUUCGCCACCUCGACCCUGGCGCAGGGCGAUCACGCGUUGCGGAUAACGAACGAAGGGAAUCGGGAUGCGCCUGAUCAGCCUGGGUUGAUUUGGCUUGAUGUGGACUUUGUCGCUGUUAGCGGUGUCAUACGUAAUGCGAAUCCUGGGGGCGCUCAGCCUGUACCGCCUGCCUCUUCUGCCGCGGCAGCUUCAUCUGCUGCGGUUCCGUCUGCGGUCUCGGCGCUAUCAAGCUCCAGCUCAACAUCCGCGAUCACCAGCAAGCCCGCCGCGUCUUCUUCCGCGGCAUCGUCGGCCUUCCCAUCUGACUCUUCAGACCGCUCUUCCGCGCCUGCCCUGGCUUCAAGCUCUUCGUCUACUUCGCUCUCCAUGUCAGAUGGCGCCUUUCCCACCUCCAGCUCGAUCGCACUCUCCUCUGCGGACAUCUCUGAGUCAAGCUCAAGCGCGCUCGGCAGCUCAACGCUGACAACGACGUUCACUGUAACCAAGUCAGGCGAACCAUCGACCGUCCCCACCGGAACCGCCACUCCGGGCUUAGCGGGAACUGAGGGAUCCGGGUCCGGCCCGAACAAAGGACUGAUCAUCGGCGUCUCGAUAGCAGGCACGAUAGUUCUUAUCCUCGCCACCGUCUCGGCGCUGUGGUGGUACCGUCAUCGAAAGUGGCGGAGGGAGGUGGAAGAGGUGGAAGAGUAUGAUGCGGAUGGGCAGGAGCCGUAUGCGCGGCCUGACUCUUCUUGGGCGCGGAUGUGA